AUGAUUGCAGAAAUAAAGAAAGAGUAUAAAUCAAUGAAAUGCAGUGUGAUUGUUAUUCCAAAAACAAGUAAAGAGGUUGUUGAGAGGAUUAAGAAGAAUGGAGAGAAAUAUCAUAUGAUUUAUAUUAUCUUUAGUGGAUUAUUGAAUGGAGUAAUUUCAUAUUGGAUGAGUGAAUGGGGAGGAAUGGCAUAUUUGAUAAGUACGUUGAUUGUCAUGAUGCUGUAUUUGCAAAAUAAAGAGAAUGUUAGCAAAGUGAUGGAAAGACUGAAUAUACCAGUGUGGGUGAUAACAUACAUUGGAAAUGUCGUGAGUGUUAUUGUGAUGGGAAUGAGAGGAGAAGGGGGAAUUUUGUAUUUAUAUGUAUCAAAUAGCACAUCAAUUAUAUUUUGCAUACAUUCUAUAGUGACAAGUAAUUAUAAUUGA